AUGUCUCGAAUGCAACAGGACCAGUUCGUCGACGAUGACGAGGAAGAGUGCUGCCCCCUCUGCGUCGAGGAAUUCGACCUUUCGGACAGGAACUUCCGGCCCUGUCCGUGUGGCUACCAAAUAUGUCAGUUUUGCUACAACAACAUCAAGACGACCAUGAACGGCCUGUGUCCCGCCUGUCGACGGCCAUACGACGAUUCGACAAUUGAGUGGAAGACCAUCUCCCCCGAAGAGAUGGCACAGCAUAAACAGCUCAUAGCGCAAAAGGCCAAGAAGAACGCGCAGAUACGGCAGAAGGAGGCGCAGAAGGCUGAGGCCGACUCCCUUAGUCGGAAGCACCUCUCCGGCCUCCGUGUCGUCCAGAAGAACCUCGUGUACGUCACCGGCCUGACGCCCACCAUACGCGAAGACGAACUGCUCAAGACACUUCGUGGCGACGAUUACUUUGGGCAAUAUGGCAAGAUUCUGAAGAUUGUCGUAAGCAAGGCCAAGGAGAACGCGCAGCAUCAGCAGUCUGUUGGUGUUUAUGUAACGUUUGCACGCAAGGAAGAUGCUGAGAAGUGUAUCAAUGCCGUCGACGGUUCUCAGAAUGGUGAUAGGACACUGAGAGCGCAGUUUGGUACCACAAAGUACUGUUCGGCCUAUCUUCGCGGCGAGACAUGCAAUAACCGCAAUUGCAUGUUCCUACACGAGCCUGGCGAGGAUAAUGACAGUUUUACUCGCCAAGAUCUUUCCAUGAUGAACUCGAUCCAGACUCAGCAGCCUUCUCAGUCGUCAACGUCUCGAGCCGCACCACCUGCUCACCAAGGGCCUGCAGUCGCCGCAGCAACACCCAUGAACCGACAGGAUAGCACGGACACGUCUAGUUCGAUACCAGACGCACCUGGUCUACCGGCGACUGCAAGUUGGGGUAGCAAAGCAGUACUGGAACGUCGCGCCAGCCGCUCAACAAUCGCUUCCAACAACGCCAGCCCCAUGGUCACAAACGCGGUUCCUGCACAAGCGUCCAAGGCACCAAAGCCCGCAGAAGCUCCUAAGAGGAAGGGCAAGGACAAGGAAAAAGAGAAAGAAAAGGAUAAAUCCCCACGACCUACCAAAUCCGCUACUCCGCAGCCGCAGCCCGCCCCGACUCCCGCUCCCGCACCUGCCGCACGUCCCGCCAAAUCCCACGACGAUGGUGUAAAGGAGUAUCUGAAGCUCAUCACCUCGCCAAGUUUCAGGUUCAUUUUUUCUAGCGCCACUCUAUCCGACGAAGAACUCCAGGCCGUCAAGGACUUCCCGCUGUUGCUAGAUCCCAAUGGGGGUGCUAAGCGUCGUGCUAUCAAAGAAAAGGAGAAGGAACUGACAGCACAGCGAGAAGCAGAAGUUGAGUCGAAAGUAGCUCCUCAACAGACUCCGGGCGCUGAGCGUGAGGAUAAUGAGGCCACUGCCGGCGGUAGCUUACAACUAGGUGGAGAGCCCGAAGACGGACCUGAGACAAGCACCAAUCAUCUCAAUCAGCAUGCAAUCGCACCGCCAGGUCAACAGGGCUUCGGUGGUAGCCUCUUUGGACAGAACACGCCUUUGGCCGAGGACUUUAGCAGUCUUGGGCUCAGCAACCGGGGCUUGACGCCACAGCAACAGCAGCAGCUCCUGCUCUCCAAUUUCAAAUCUGGCACUCCAUCUACCGGUCUUCUGAGUAACAUGCAAAACGCUCAACCCCAGCAACACGGCCUUGCUGGAAAUGGCUCAAGCCACACUAGGCACACUUCACGCUUCAGCUUCGCCAAUGACAGCGCUUCUGCUUCCGCAAAUGUGCAACCUGUCGCGAACCAGAAGUUGAUGAGCCAGCAGAACUCGAUGAUGCCAAAGAACGCCAAUCAAUUCAACCCCAUGUCUCAGCACCAGCCUUUGGGUGGGCAGUUCUUCCCCAACGUGCAAGGACCACCUCCUGGGCUCAAGCCUACUGGCACGCCUCCUGUCAGUGGGACUGGCAUGUUUGGUCAAGGUCACGGCUUUGCGACUGGUGGUCUCCCCUAUGGGGCAGGCGCUACCGCAAGGAACAACAAUGAUGCCAUGUAUCAAGACUUGCUCCGCAGCCGGAACAUGGACGGUGGUGCAAGGUUAGGUGAUGCUGGAAAGCGUGAGUCAAUGUUUCCUUCCUUUCUCAAUCAACACCCCACGACUUCUACACCUGCCCCUGCCCCUGGCCUUCUAAGCUUCCCCUAUGGGCCCUCGCCUGGCGCUUACCAGGAGUCUGGUUCGCAGAAAUCCAAGAAAAAGGGGAAGAAGCACAGGCACGCAAACACAUCCUCUUCGGGGGGCGGCGGCCUUGCUGAUGUUCAAGACCCGAGUAUCUUACAGGCUAGGUUGCACCAAGGUGGCAUGGCCGGGCAGGGCUUGUACGGUCAAGGCCAAGCUGGAUUUUCUUCGCUUUACACAAACAACAACUACGGCGGCGCUGGACGAUGGUAG